AUGCAGUCAGAAAAUCAGCCAGCCUUGUCAUACAGACAACAAGUCUCGGUGACGGUACUAUUUUGCAUACAGUGCUCUAUUUUCUGUCCUGCAGCGAUAUUUACCAAAAGCGCACCUUUCUACGACAUGCCACCUCGGGUAUACAGGCCUGCUCUCAUACUUUUGGCCAUUGUUGGACCUGUCAUUGGCAUUGUCCUGGUGGUGGCGACGUGGAAUUGGUUUGGAAAGUUUUCGCUGGAAUACUGGGCAGAUACGGAACUAUCUUUCAUGCUGCUGUGGAUCAUCCUGAUAGAGGGUUGGGUGUUUUCUGGACUCACCUUGAGCGCCUUUGGCAAUACCAAAGCUAAGCGGCAAAUAGUGAAGAGAUCGUUGCAGAUUUUGUCUGCAGUAGGUUUCGUACUGAUAUGCGUUGAUUUUGGGUUUCGAGGGUCGCCUCGGCAGCUAGUGACACCAGCAGCCGCUGCUCAUAGGGGCUCGAUGGCUCUUGGAUGGAUCGUUAUGCGUUACCAUGCCAGCGAAGCUAAGGAUUGGAAAUUGUUGAUUCCACUAGACAUUCGAAGCGUCUGCGAAGUCUUUACUUUUGCACUGUCAUUCGUUUCGUUUUGUGAAGGCUUAGGACAAGGGCAAAGAGUGAACUAUAAGCUUGUAUUAAACGGAUUAUUCACUGUAAUUGGAAUUAUACACGGUGUUACACAAUUGAGGCGGCAUUACAAGGACAAGGAGGAUGCUAAGAGGCGCGGCAUUGAUGAUAGUGCGCAUCCAGAAGCAGAAGGUGCCUAUUCACUUUCCGACUGUUCUACAGUGAAGGCUAGUAUUGCAAGUAGUUCAAAGGAGGGCCUCAUAGGUAGCUAA